CUUGGCCAUACAACCCUUCGUCAUGGCCAAAGGUAAAGGGAAGCGCUCCUCUGGAGCGAACGAAGCUAUUCCUGAUGGCGGAGUUGCUGUGAACGACUCCACCGCUGGCGCAGAUGCCCUUCCACAGUUUGCGGAGGGUGCCUUUGCGGGCUUGCGACAGAAGAUCGAACAGAGGCUGAAGGCCCAGAACGACAAGUCGAAGGCCAACAAGGGAAAACCAGCUCCCAAAGAAGCCCCGAAGAAAAACGAUGCGCGGAAGCCCGAGCCAAAGCAGGCGUUCAACAAUGAUAAGAACAACAAGGGCAAGAAACGGGAUCGCAGCGGCGAGGUGAUCGCCAGGGAAGAUAAGAAGGACUUUGCUAAAGGCAAGCAGCCGGUGUCAAAGAAGGACGACCAGGACGAUAUUCUCCGCCAGGAAAUUUUGGCCCUUGGGGGCACAGAGGAAGAUUUGGAUCUUAUUGCCGGUGUCGGUUCGGACUCUGAGGUGGAGGAUGCUGCGGAGACGAAACCGAAGAGCAUGUCUGACGAUGCUUCUCUCAGAAAGGAGUUGUCGAGCAUGCUGGCUGCCGCCGGUCAGGUUGUACCGGAUGACCUAGAGGACGACGAGGUAGAGGAGGAAGAGGAGGAGGAGGAGGAAGACGAAGAGGAAGAGGAAGAGGAAGAGACAGGCGAAGAGGAAGACGAACUUGAGCAGGGUGAAGAUGAAGCUUCAGAGGAGGAGGUUUCGGUGGAUGAGCCAGCUCCCGCGCCAGCCCUGAAAGAAUCAGCCAAGAAGGAAGUGGCCAAAAAGGAGGCCGCACCUGCAGUCAUUUUCCCCAAGGAAUUUGCCAAGCUCACUGUGAUGCCCAGGUCCGAUUGGUACAACACAGAACUCCCCGCGAUACCGCCAGUAAAAGCGAAUUCGGCAUCUCGUCAUGUCAUGGAGCGCCUCCACACUUACGCUGUGUCACUCCUUGAGCAGGAGAGCAAGAUGUACGCUGAAGCGCAGCAGGCGUCCGCCUCUUCUUCCCACAAGUUCUACAGCACCAUUAUGUCCACCGGUACUCUGAGUGAUAAGAUCUCCGCCUUGACUCUUGCCGUUCAAGAAUCGCCCCUGCACAACACCAAGGCACUCGAGAACCUCAUCGCCCUCGGAAAGAAGCGCAGUCGUGCCCAGGCCGUGGAAGUCCUGAGGUCCCUCAAGGAUAUGUUCGCUCAAGGAACGUUGCUCCCUGGUGACCGGAGACUUCGGGCUUUUGCCAACCAGCCAUCUCUAAUUGCUGCGCUGCAAGAACCAGCACUCAGAUGGUACGAGGGAGAUGCCCUUCCCGGUGGCCUUGAAAACAGUCACCUGAUUGUCUGGGCCUUUGAGAACUUUCUGAAGGAUCAAUUUUUCGAGGUUCUCAAGAUCCUGGAAGUCUGGUGCAACGAUGAGAUUGAGUUUUCUCGCUCCAGAGCCGUCAGUUACGUCUUCGAGCUGCUCAAGGAGAAGCCUGAGCAGGAAGCCAACCUGCUGCGACUGUUGGUCAACAAACUUGGAGAUACGUCCAAGAAGAUCGCAUCCCGGGCGUCUUACCUGCUUCUACAGCUUGAGCAGGCGCAUCCUAUGAUGAAGCCGACUAUCAUUGCGGCAGUGGAGGAGGUUCUCUUCCGCCCUGGCCAGAGUCAGCACGCUAGAUACUAUGCCAUCAUCACGCUGAACCAGACGGUUCUGAGCCUCAAAGAGGAACAGGUUGGGCACAAGUUGCUUGAUAUCUACUUUGCCGUGUUUGUUGGUCUGCUCAAACCUUCGAAAGAGCGCAAGGGAAAGAAUGGAAAGUUCGGCAAUAAACACAAGGGCAAGGGCAAGGGCAAAGGUGACAAGGGCAACGACAAGGAUGACAGUCUGGCGCAGAGUGAAGAGGUGCAGGACAAGCUGACCUCUGCUGUUCUUACUGGUGUCAACCGAGCCUAUCCCUUUACAAGCUCGGACACUGACCGUCUGUCGAAGCACAUCGACACCCUUUUCCGCAUCACACACUCGGCAAACUUUAACACCUGCAUCCAAGCACUCAUGCUGAUCCAGCAGUUGACUUCCGCUCACCAGGUUGGUUCGGAGCGCUUCUACCGGACGUUGUACGAAUCUCUGCUUGACCCCCGUGUCACCACAUCAUCCAAGCAGUCGCUAUACCUCAACCUUCUGUUCAAGGCCUUGAAGAACGACAUGAACACCCGGCGUGUGAAGGCCUUUGUCAAGCGAAUCAUUCAGGUCCUUGGGCUGCAUCAGCCUGCCUUCAUUUGCGGUGUCUUGUACCUGAUCCGCGAACUGGAGAAGACGUUCCCUGAUCUUGCAUCAUUGUUUGACCAGCCCGAAGAGAAUGAUAGCGAUGAUGAGGAGGUGUUCAGAGAUGUCCCCGACGAGGAUGACGAGCCCCUUCCCGUGGUUCCGGAACAGAAGUCACAGAAGCCUUCCACCCAAUAUGACCCUCGGAAGAGAGAUCCCGAGCACAGCAAUGCCGAUAGGACGUGUCUUUGGGAAUUGCUGCCUUAUGUGUCUCAUUUCCACCCGUCAGUGUCUGUCAACGCGGCUCAUCUUCUCGAUCACAAGCCGAUGAGCGGACAGCCCGACUUGACCAUCCACACAUUGUCUCACUUCCUUGACCGCUUCGUCUACCGGACACCCAAGGCCUCUGCGCUCACCCGUGGAUCUUCCAUCAUGCAGCCCCUCGCAGGCAGCGAGGCCAAGGAUCGUCUGGUUAGUGGCGGCAAGCACAUCCAGCAUCUACCCCUCAAUUCCGAGGCGUUCUGGAAGAAGAAGUCCGAGGACGUUGCUGCCGAGGAUGUCUUCUUCCACGAGUACUUUAGCCGCAUCGGCAAGGGUCAAGAGAAGGACAAGACCAAGAAGAAGGGCAAGGAUGCCGCUGACGCGGACGCGGACGAAGAUGAAGCCAGCGAAGCCGAGUCCGAAAUCUGGAAGGCACUGGUUGACUCGCGUCCCGACUUGGAGGCCGGCAGUGAUGACGAUGACCUCGACAUGGACGAUCUCGAGUCCGCAUACGACCAGUCCGAGGAUGAGGGCGAGGGUGGUGACGACGAAGUCGAACUCAACCUUGACUCCGAUGACGAGAUGGAAGAUGUCGACGAGGCCGAAGUUGAGGCGCCUCCUAGCAAGACCAAGGCUAAGAAGGCCAAGGCAGCCAAGGAAGAGGAGCCAUCUGACGACGAAGAUCCCUUCGACAUGGACGUCUCGGACGACGAGGCCUUCUUUGACAGUGACGAGGACCUGCCGUCUGACGUGGAGCUCACUGCGGGUAUGGAGUCACCGAAGGAAGAGGAGAAGGACGAGAAGCAGUCCGAACGCAAGAAGAGGCGCAAGCUCAAGCACUUGCCCACUUUUGCCUCUGCGGACGACUAUGCGGCCCUGCUGGCCGGGGAGGACGAGGGAAUGUGAUUUCGCAUCCUGUACUUACAUCAAUCAUAUUCUAUUGCAG